AUGCACGAGCCACCGCGAACCAGACCGAACCACCGCGAGCCUGCAACGCCGAUGCCACGCCAAAACAUACUUUUUAUUAAAAAACAUAUUCCCCCAUUCCAUGAUUUCCAUGAAAAAAACGCAUUCGCUCCUCGCCACAGCGCCCAUUCCUUAUUUGGCCCCAAAGCAUGUGUCGUCGCCUCGCAGUUUGGCUUCAGUUUUCGACAAAGAUUCGAUAUGGUCAUACGACGCACGACAUCCACGACGUCGAAAGGGCCAUCUGGUCCGGAUCCUUUCUUUUCAGUGCGCGUUAUCCUGCCCAUCCCAUCCUCUCUUUCACUCAAAAUAGCCUGUGAGCCAGUUCGUCUCACACUAGCACCGAGCCUUCCUCUAAUACCGGAUCGUUCAUCUCAUCGCUCUCUUCCUCCACCUUCGAUACUAGGCGGAAAUGACCCUGAUCCAUCAACAUGA